UCGCGAGCUGUCAGUCUAGCGUGGGCUCCUGAGCGGAAGUGCGUAUUGAGGCGGCGGGGGUCGGUCCGUCACCGUUACGGUUCCCCCAGAGGCGGCCUCGGGGGAGUUUUUUCCCUUCUUUCUUCGGAGUUUCCUCGAUGAGUAAAGCGUGGCGGAGGGCAGAGACGGGUGCCGGCCUGAAGAUGGAGGGCGCCGGGCGAGGUGAUGAGGAUGAAUCCAACAGCCACGGGGCUCACAAGAAGAAGCAUAAGAAACAUAAGAAAAAGCACAAGAAGCGGCAUCACCGGGAUGAUGUCAGCACAACGGCGGUGGACUUGGGUCCUGCACUCCCCAAGCCCCAGCUGAAGCUCAAAAUCAAGCUGGGAGGCCAGAUCCUGGGUACAAAGAGUGUGCCAACCUUCACUGUCAUCCCCGAGAGGCCACGCUCCCCGUCCCCUCUGAUGGUUGUGGAUGACGAGGAUGAGCCGAUGGAGGGGGUACCCAUUGAACAGUACCGGGCCUGGCUGGAUGAGGACAGCAACCUGGAACCCUCGCCCCUGCCCGAGCUCGAUACGGAGAUCGGAUUCCCAGCCCAUGAAGAAGAGGAAGAACAGCGCUGGUUGGAUGCCCUGGAGCGAGGGGAGUUGGAUGACAAUGGGGAACUCAAGAAGGAGGUGGAUGAAUCCUUGCUCACAGCCAGGCAGAAGGCCCUCUUGCACAAGCAGCAGAGCCAGCCCCUGCUGGAGCUGCCGAUGGGCUACAAGGCCAAGGAGCUGACGGAGGAGAUGCUGGUGAAGCGGGAGGAGAGGGCUCGCAAGCGGCGCCUCCAAGCCGCCAAGAAGGCCGAGGAGAGCAAGAACCAAACCAUCGAGCGGCUCACCAAGACCAGCAAGGCCAAAGUGAAGACUCUGCGUGAGCGCAAGGCAAAAGGCGGGGCGGUCCCCACUGUAUGCUACCGCAAUGCUGCCGAUGGCAUUACUGUCUCCUUUCCUUCAGGAGCCGCCAUCCCUCUCUUACCUUCCAUCGCACCUGCUCUCCCUACGCCCACGCUGUGUGGGGUCAAUGGCUGCCCCAACCUCAAGCGGUACUCCUGUUCACGCACUGGGGUGCCGCUCUGCAGCCUAGCCUGUUACCGAAAGAACUUGGUCCAGCAGGUGGCAGCCUAACUCCCUUUCCUCCUGACCAGCCAGAGGUGGUCUCCGGCUGACAUUCUUGGGUGGUGCUCUGGGACCCACAGCUGAGCCAGGCGGCACUCUGAUCCUGGAGCAGCGUGGCUGUGAUGUUGUCCCAAUGUUGAGGUGGAUCGGGGCACGCUGCCAUUCCUGGCUAGGGGACAGAGAAGAGCCCCUCUGUCCAGCCGAGGUGCUUCAAGAUGCUUGUAGGAUGAACUGUCACUGCCCACAAGUGGGCAAGGGAAAGGCCUUUUAAGCCAGCGAAGAAUCAGAUGUAGUGGUGGGUCCUCGGAGGUUACCACUUCCUGGA